AUGGGGGACUACCACACAGAACAGGACCGGCUUUAUUCAAAGCAGUCCUAUUGUAGAACUGAGGAGCUCGAUCCGCAUUACGAGCGAUACGAUGGCAUUAAACGUCCUCCGUGCCAUGAGAAAAUCAUUCCAGCUGAAUCGCAUAGUUUUUUUGAUCGAUUCAAGUCGAAAUUAAACCUUUUCAGAGGUUAUGAGAACUCGGAUGACAGUUCCAUGGAGCAAGACUCUACUGUGAAUCGACAAAGUCAGCUGUGGAACGCUAUAAAGGGAAAACCUAUUCAAUUGAUUUUUGAAGACAACGAUAACAGAGCCCAGUUACGUGACUCAAACCAGCCCGUUCCAAUUUUGGAAAGCGCGAAUACGUUUCUCACCGAUAAUAACCAAAAUUACGAUCGUCUUCCUAACUCCCCCAAGAGAAAGGAGGCCAUAUCCAGCGUACCAUUGAGUGGAUCUCCCUUUACAGGCAGUGGCAUCAGUGAUUUCAUCGGAUGCGAAAAUGACAUUACUGUCACAAAGCCAAUUUCACCGUGGGACAAGAUUGCGACGAAGUCUGCUUUGAAAAGCUCGACUACGUUGCAAACCAUUCAGAAGCGGUUGAUGCACAUUUCGCUCAAAAAAUCAGAAGUCUCGAAAAGCUACCAAAAGCUUUUGAAGGAGUUGAACGAGUGGUGGCAAGAUACUAUAGAAGCGGAAGAAAACAUGGACCUGAUCUCAGAUUUGCAGAAGCUAUUUCAUGAGGAUCUGGUGUUCGAGGAGAGACUGUCGAAUAAACUCAAGGAGAUCUCCAAAGCUCUGGAGUUUACAAAGAUGCGAGAAGAAGAAAUGCUACAAGAACGCAAGGAAUUGCAACAUACUAUUAAAAAGUAUGGCCGAAUGAGAGCUAAAAAGGGCAACCACAGUGAAGAAGCACAUUUUUUGAAAGAGAAGGUAGUCACAAGGCAGAAUUCGCUAUCAAUUAUCACAGGUCACUAUCAAAAUUCUUUGUGCACAACAGCUAGAGAAUUAUUUGUCAAUGCCAGUGUGGAAUAUUUUGAGACCGCAUCGGACGUGAAAGACGCCAGUAAAGCCUUUUUCCAAAACUCGGUCGAUUACUUGCGCACAAUUCAAGCUGGAAAUAUAGAGCAGCACAUUGAGGACUUGAGACGGAAACGCGCCGAUAAGCACUGGUCUAAAUUGACACCUCAAGAGAGAGAUGAUCCCAAUAGGCUUGUUGAAAUCAUGAGCGGAAUGUACAAUGGUCAAGACUCUUUGAUGAGGUGUGUUUCCAAGAAAGCACCGCUGAAGUCCUCCCCCAAAGUCUCUAACAUUGAAAAGGAGAAUGUACCUCAAAAGGAAAAUGAAUCCGACCUGAAACUGGAAUUUAGAACUGGCUUGGAAGAAUCACUGUCUCAGUUUCCUAGUGACAGUAAUAACAAAUCCAGUAUUGAUGGCAGCUUUGCUAAGAUGUCGGACUAUGCUAAAAUUCGAGCGAAAAGAAAUAUUCAAGCCGCUUCUCUCGAGUCUAAUCGAACGUUGCGAUGUGAGGGUAUCGCGCAUAGCCUGGAGGAUAAUAUUCGCUCUCGUCUGCCUUAUCCGGAUACUGCAGAUACUAUUAAAGCUCAAAUCGAAAACCUGAAGAGCGGACUUAAAGGCUACAACGGAACUUCUGACCUGGACUUCUCACGUAACGACGAUGAAGGUAUGAUCAUCGAGUUGACAGAGGGUAAAAAUGGGCUUCACCGAAAUGUUUACGAGCCUGAGCAGGAAUUGAAUCGCAACAGAUGGAUAGAGUCUCCUAGAGUGUAG